CAAACAAGAGACGAGGUGUGGCUGGGAUGGGGCGGCGUCCCGACGCUUUGUCUGCGGCACGGCCCACCAGAGCAGCAGGGGGGGGGGGGGACGCUACACUCGGGCGUCUGCCGCCGAGCCUCAUCAGAUUGGCGUGGGAGCCAGAAGCCAGCGCGCACGAGCACACACGCCUGCCGAAAGCGGAAAUUGAAAGCUGCGGGUUGAAGAAGACGACGACGACGACGAAGAAGAAGAAGAAGAAGACGACUGGAUUUUGUUAGCAACGGGAGCUAAGAAAGCGCAAGAGCGGGUGCCGGCUACGUUGGAACGGCUCAACAACAAAGAAAGUUGUCAAGUUACAGCUCGGGGGACGACUUGGGGAAAGAAAGGGGGGAUGUGCUUUUCAAAGUAAAACUUGGAAUAUGGGACUUUUCAUCCAUGACCUGGAGUACGGGGACAGCAAGUCGCGUUUCUGCGCUCAGCUCUGGAUCCUGUUGAUGACCCUCUCAGGCAAAGUCUCGCCCACCGGUUCCGAUGCCCUCCUCAGUUCCUCGCCGGUGACGGCCCGUCCCUCGCCGCCCGCCAUCUACCUGCCGGCCAGCUUCAAGAUGUCCAACGUGCAGCUGGCCUUCUUCUUGCGCAAGGCGGCUCAGGCGUCGGGACCGAGCGCGGCCGCCGGCGGCGGCGGCGGCCACCCGUUGCAGCGCUCGGAGAGCUUUGUGGUUUUCCAGACAAAGGAGCUGCCGGCGGUCAACAUUAGCUUGGGACCUUUCGUCCGUGACCAGACGCUGUCCAAGGAGCUGCUCCAGCCGGCCAGCCCGCUGGACAUCUCCGGCCAGCUGACGGUCAACUGGAAAGUGCGCGCCUUCAUCGUGCAGCCGCGGGUGUUCUCCAACAACGCCGCCGUGCAGGUGUUCUUCUACAUCGCCGGCCGCGAUUGGGACGACUUCAAAGCGCAGGACAAGCUGCCGUGCGUCCGUCUCCACGCCUUCCGGGACGUGCGGGAGAUGAAGACGUCGUGCCGCAUGAAAGGCAACCUGGCGCAGUGCUUGGCGCGGCUGGACCUGCCGCCGUCCUGGUUCAACGCCAACGUGGCCCCGCUGGGUCGCCGCAAGGGCGACGGCGGGCCGACGGGCGAGACCCUGCGGGCGGAGCUCUACUACACGCUGCGCGAGCCCGACGCGGACGGCGGAUGCGGCGAGGGGGCGGGCCAGCGGGGCGGCCGGGGGGAGGCCCCGUCGCAGCACCCCCUGCUGCGCAUCGGGAGCAUCAGCCUGUAUCAGGCCAGCCGCGAGCAACUGCUGGUGGACAAGCAGCUGGACAAGAACAUGUUCCUCAGGCUGCCCGAGAAGCCCCUCAAGCCCGGCGAGACCCUCAGGAUCUUCUUGUACUUGAUGCCCAACUCCACCGUGGAACAGUUCAGCCUCAAGGUGAAAGCUAAAAAAGGAGUGAACCUGAUCCAGACCACAUCCAAGAACGCCCAGUGGAAGGUGGACUGGGAGGUUCUGUCCGGCGCCAAGCAUUCCAUCACCACCAUCGACGUGAACAAGAACAAAGCGCUCAAGCAAGGGGAGGCGGCGGGCAACGCCGAAGUGAUGCAGCUCGACUUUGAGAUGGAGAACUUCACCAGCCUGUCGGUGACUCGCCGCAUCAACUGGAACAUCGACUACAACGGUCAGAGCCCACCGCCCGAGUCCGAGAAGGUGGUCACCGAGCUCACCGUGGUUCAGCGGGACAUCCAGGCCAUCCUGCCCCUGGCCAUGGACACGGAGAUCAUCAACACGGCCGUCCUGACCGGUCGCACCGUGGCCAUCCCCGUCAAGAUGGUGUCCAUCGAGAUGAACGGCGCCGUCACCGACGUCUCCGCCUUCGUGCAGUGCAAGUCGGCCAACGAAGACAUCGUCAAGGUCUCCAUGAAUUGCGACUAUGUGUUUGUCAACGGCAAGGAGACGCGAGGCUCCAUGAACGCCAGGGUCAUCUUCAGCUACGAGCACCUAAGCGCACCCCUGGAGCUCACCGUCUGGGUGCCCAAGCUGCCUCUGCGGGUGGAACUGUCCGACGACAACCUGAGCUUCAUCAAGGGCUGGCGGGUCCCCAUCCUGCCUGACCGCAGAAGCACCAGGGACAGCGACGGAGAGGACGAGGACGACCGACGGGUGAGCCGAGGCUGUACGCUGCAAUAGCGGGCGCUGGACAAAGUCCUGACGCAGUUCCACACCACGUCCAGCGAGGGCACCGAGCAGGUCAUCACCAUGCUGGGGCCCGACUGGCAGGUGGACGUCACCGAGCUGGUGUCAGGACUCGCUCAAGGUGGCAGACCCCCCCGCGUGGCCGAGCUGGUGGACAGGACGGUCCUGGUCGGCCUGGAGCUGGGAUCCACCGUCUCUAAGGUGGACUCGCCGCUGGCCGUGGACGCGGCUGGGCAGGCGGCCUUCGCCGUCACCGACGACAAAGUUUCCAUCAGCCAGCUGCGCGUCCACGCCGUGUCGGGGUUGAGCCUGGCGCUGCGGCCCAGCCCCGGCAACAGCCACACCUUGGUGGCCAAGGCCACCGGCCUCCAGACGCUCGCCGCCCCAAGCAGGUACGCCAGCUUGUCGGUGUGGAUGCUUUUCAGCGACGACACGGCGGCCUCGCUGACCUACUUUGACCAGGACUACAACUUCAACGCCUCGGCGCUGGACGACAAGGUGGUGUCGGUGUCGCAGGAGCCGCAGCAGCGUUGGCCGGUGGUGGUGGCGGAGGGCGAGGGCGAGGGCGAGCUGCUGCGCGUGGAGAUGACCAUCGGCGAGGCCUGCCAGAAAACCAAACGCAAGAGCGUCAUCGCCUCGCGCGCCGUAUAUGUCAGGGUGCGCUUCGGCUCCGACGACGACGACGACGACUGGGACGAAGAGGGCGGGGCCGAGGCGCCGACGACGGCCGGGGGGCCCGACCCGGACGGGCGGCUCGACGACGCGUCCGACGAGCGCCCGGCCAGCGUUCCCAUCGGCUACACCGACCUGCCCACCGCGGGCAAGGGCGUGCGACCCGCCCCGACGGACGCGGCGGAGGGCGAGGAAGAGGAGGAGGAUGAAGACGACUUUACGCCGUCGCCCCGCAACAUGAGCGACCUGGAGAUCGGCAUGUACGCCCUCCUGGGGGUCUUCUGCCUGGCCAUCCUGGUCUUUCUCAUCAACUGCAUCGUCUUUGUGCUCAAGUACCGGCACAAGCGCAUCCCGCCCGAGGGCCAGGUCAACACGGACCACUCGCACCACUGGGUCUUCCUGGGCAACGGCCGGCCGCCCGGGGCCCAGUGCGAGCUGUCGGCGCGGCGGGAGGCCGACAGCCCCCCCGAGCCGGCGGCGGCGGCGGAGGGCGGCGGGCGGACCUGUUGCCACGGCGACCACCACAGCAGCGGCAGCUCGCAGACCAGCGUGCAGAGCGUCCAGGCGCACGGCCGCGGCGACGGCAGCUCGGGCGGCGAGGAGGCCGGCGGCUCGCCCACGUCCAAGCGCAAGCGGGUCAAGUUCACCACCUUCGCCACCAUGCCCGCCGCCGCCAACGACGACCUGCCCUACAACUCCGUCCCCGUCGCCGACGACGAGGACAUCCAGUGGGUGUGUCGGGACAUGGGCUUCCAGGACCCCGAGGAACUGCACGACUACAUGCGCAGAAUAAAAGAAAUGGCCUGAGGAAUCGCGGCGGGAGGGCAUGG